AGUAGUCUCGUGCAAGAUAGGAGAAGGACGAUAUUUACUCGUACCUCUUUCUAGCUACGACGACUCUUUGAUUCCGUUGUCGGAGUUAUGGUAUAUUUUGUCCCUUCAUCUCAAAUUCUGGUUGCGGUUUGGAUCCAUGGAUUCUGAUCAUCGCAGAAAGCCUUCCGAUCACUUAGUUCACUCUCGAUUCUUCCUCUUUGGCUUCUAUUGCUGGGAUUGGGAAUUCUUGACGGCUCUUCUCCUCUUUAGUUGUUCUUCCUAAUCAAUCGCGAUUCUCUGGCCGUUUGUUUAUUCUAUUUUUCCUGUACCGCGUCGGAUCAAUAUAGUCCGGAAUUUCAGAUAGGAAUUUGUUAUUUGUUUCGAAAGAGUUCUUCCCUGAGAGAGAAACGCCGAUCGAGGAGGGAAAUGACGCAGCGGUCGGUGCCGGCGCCGUUUCUGACGAAAACAUACCAUUUGGUGGACGAUGAGCUGACCAACGACGUGAUAUCGUGGAACGAAAGCGGCGACACGUUCGUGGUGUGGAAGCAAGCGGAUUUUGCCAAGGAUUUGCUUCCCAAUUAUUUCAAGCACAACAAUUUCUCCAGCUUUGUUCGUCAGCUCAACACUUAUGGAUUCCGAAAGAUAGUCCCCGACAAAUGGGAAUUCGCGAACGAACAUUUCAAGCGAGGACGCAAGGAGCUCCUCUCCGAGAUCAAACGCCGGAAGAAUCCCUCGCAACCAUCGGCGCAGGCCUCCGGGAAGUCCGGAAGCGGCGGGGGCGGGAAUUCCGCGUCGAACUCCGGAGCCGGCGACGACGUGGGGUCCACCUCCACUUCAUCGACUGAUUCGAAGAAUAAGCCGGGGUCGGCGGAGACGAAAACGGGUGCAGAAUACGCAGAGCUAUCAGGAGAGAAUGAGAAGCUGAGAAAAGAUAAUGAGAUGCUGAGCUCGGAGCUAGCGGAAGCGAAGAGGCAGUGCGAGGAGCUGGUGGGUUUUCUGACGAAGUACCUCAAAGUGGGGCCCGAUCAGAUCAAUCGCCUAAUGCGGCAAGGAACAAGUGGGUCCAGCCGCGAAGAAGAAGAAGAAGAAGGACAAGAAGAUGAGGACGAGACAAAGGCGGUAGGUGAAGGCGGAGAAAGUCUGAAACUAUUUGGGGUUUGGUUGAGAGGUGAGAAAGAAACGACGAAGGAGGAGGAGGAGAAAAUGAGGAGCAACGACCAUAAGAAGAGAGGGCGAGAAGACCAGAUGGCCUUUGCUGGGGCCCUCCCAUCGAAGGGGCUGAAGACCGUGCAUUUUGGUGCAUCCCCUGUGAAGGUCAUGAUCAACUGAAGCCCACGCCUGUUGAAUCUGCAGAAUUACUAUCGUCCCGUCCCUUUUCUAUGUUUGUCUUCUCAAAGAAAAGAUAAAGCCAAAGCAUAGUGUGAGACGGGGUAUGUACUAUAGCUGCAAUAUACCACUCUUCAGCAAUUAGUAAUUAGCGAAUGUCAAUGUUUCGGGUUUUUCUAUGUUUAAAUUCAAUAACAUACGUGUUCCCAUGGAAAACAAAUGAUUGUUGGUCAGCACGCAAUGGAUGGCUUUUGCAC